CCGAUUUUUUCCUCCGAGAUUCGCACCGCGUCACUGCCAUCACUCUCCCCCCCCCCCACCCCCCCACCAGCGCGGCAGCCGCCAUGGAUCCACCGACCAGCCCCGACGACGAGGCGGCGGCCUUCUUCCGCGCCGCGCCGCCCUUCCGCGACCGCGACGCCGUCGCCGCCAGCCUCGCCGCCUUCGUCGCCCGCCACCGCGCACGCGCCGCCGCCGGCGGUGGUGGUGGAGGAGGAGGAGGGCCCCCGGCGGCGGCGGCGGGGGUGGUCUGCGUCACCUCCGGCGGCACCACGGUGCCCCUGGAGCAGCGCUGCGUGCGCUACAUCGACAACUUCAGCUCCGGCCAGCGCGGGGCCGCGUCCACCGAGUACUUCCUCAAGGCCGGCUACGCCGUCGUCUUCGUCCAUCGCCGCGGGAGCAAGCAGCCGUACUGCAGGUUUCUUCCGGAGGACUCGUUUCUUGACCUUUUCGAGCUCGGCGAAGGAUCCGAGAUCCAAGUCCCAGAGUCUCACACUACAGUGGUCAAGACCGCGAUUAGCAGUUAUCGCAAGGCAAUCGAUGAAGGUCUACUUCUGAAACUUCCUUUCACUACAAUUUUCGAGUACCUUCAGUUACUGCAGCUUGUAUCCACUGCUAUGAAUUGCUUGGAGCGCCAUGGAAUGUUUUAUUGUGCUGCUGCAGUGUCUGACUUCUAUGUUCCAUGGGAGAGUAUGGCUAAACAUAAAAUCCAGUCAGCAGGUGGCCCUUUGAACAUGCAGCUCAGUCAAGUUCCUAAGAUGCUUUUCAUCCUCAGAAACCAGUGGGCUCCUUCUGCGUUUUGUGUAUCCUUCAAGCUCGAGACGGAUCCAGACAUCCUUAUACAGAAGGCAGAGGCGGCUUUGAGAAAAUACGGUAUGAAUGUGGUGGUGGCGAACGAGCUAGCGAGCUACAAAGACGUGGUUGUCAUGGUCACAAGCAGCGGGAAGACGACCGUGAGCAGGCGGAGCAAGGAAGACGACCUAGAAGAGCAGCUCAUCGCUCUCCUGGUUAAGAUGCAUUCAGAUCACGCUAAGCAGUCCAAUCCGGAGCAAGAAACAUGAGCUGGUGUGUUAAUGAAUAAGGAGGUGCUACAAGUUAUUGCGCUCAUCCUGGUUUAAACGUACCGGUAAGCAGAGUACUCCCAACGAAUCCAAAAUAAGUGUCGCAGCUUUGAACUAAGGUUGAACCCACAACCUUAGUUCAAAACCGCGACACUUAUUUUGGAUCGGAGGGGGUCGCAUUUUCUUUUGAGAAUCGCAUGUGCGGUCAUCUCCCUUAUCCCUUGUGUUAUGCUACACCAGUUGAGAUGCAUGUCUUUAUCGGCGUGGGCGGUGAUUUGGA